UUCAAACAACUCCAACCUCAACGACCAACACAGCCUUCCAAUACGACUCACCUCCAAUACGACUCUCCUCCAACACGACUCACUUCCAACACGACUCACUUCCAACUCGAUUUCCAACCAUCAACUACCUGCCCAUCCAACCUCAAGCAGCAAACAUGCAGUUCUCCGCAGUCCUCGCAAUCCUGGCCAUGACCAGCUCCGUGUUCGCGAUCCCAGCCCAAACCGGUCCGAAAGCUUCGCAGGAGGACGCGUUCCCCGCCCAUCUCGCCCAGUUCAAGGCCGAAACUCUGGCGAAACUGGCGGAAUUGACGAAGCUGAACCCGAACUUGGAGUCGAGGGACGAGACUCACACCUUGUACAAGCGGGACAGCUGCUGGGGCUGCCUCGCCUCGCAACUCUUCAGCGAUUACGGUUCCGUCAACGCCAUCUGCUGCAAAGUGAACGGUCCCUGCUACGGCAACCAGUGUGCUUGUGGAAUCUGUUGAGCGAGGGAGACAAAGGCCAGCACUUCAAUGCUGUCAAUACAAUAUCACGAUGUGGGCAUUGUUAGUGGGCGACGAAGUGUCGUCGGCUGGCAGGUCGCUUUCUUUGGUGGGAACUCGAGUCGACGGGCUGAUGACGGGCUGCUUUUGUUUGCUUUAUGAGAUUUGGUUUGUUUGCUUGACGAGUUAC